AUGGUGAACCACUUGUUGAUGAUUGCUGCCGAUCUCGAGAAUAUUACCGCCCUUCAGCCUCAAGGUGGUUGCGAUGAUCCUAACUUCACAUACUAUUUCAAGCUGAAAUGUGGGAAUUGUGGAGAGGUGACUCAGAAAGAGACGUGUGUCAGUUUGAAUGAGACAGUUCCUUCUGCGAAAGGCAAGGGCGACGUUCAUCUUUCUCAGAAGGCUGAAGGAACAAAGUUCAACGACAUUGACUUGUCUGGAGGGGAAUUUGCUGAGUACGACGAGAAGGGGGAAUGCCCUGUCAUGAUCUCCAACCUUCGUGCAAAAUUCGAUGUAGUGAAGUAG